UUGAGUAGAAAAAAGAAAAAAGAAGAAGAAAACCCAUGAACCGAAUAUUGCGGGUCAGUAAGCUAAAUCGGGUCUCUCUCUCUCUCUCUCUCUUCUCGUUUCAGCAUUUUCCUUUUGGUUCGGUUCAUGAGAAAACGAGAGCAAAAAAUACAGAAAAUUUAAGGUGAAAUCGGUCGUUUUUGAUCUAGUCCCACAAAUGUAUCGCCGAUGAUUUUUCCGGCAAACGGAAAAUCUGAUGCUAGGAGGUCACUGAGCUCUCAAAUACAAGUGAAAUCCUUUUAGUUGAAUAAGAUAGUUUUUUCUUCUAUGGAGAUAGAUCUUGAACAGCCUUCCUGUGAGCAGGAGAAAUUAGAUGUUGGUUCAAAUUCGAAUGCCGAUGUUGUCGAUGAAACUGACGAGGUUCAUGUCGAGGAAGAGCAUGCAAAUUCUCGGGUGUUUAGUGAAUGCUGUGGCAAGGAAGAUGAUGAAUCAAAUGCUGAUGAAAUCAUUUCCAGUGGUCGGGACCAAGUGGAUGUAAAUGUCGUUGGCCUGGAUGUUGUUAACGAAGGGUCUAUUCGUGAGCCCUGUAAUGGUUUGGAAUUCGAAUCGAAGGAGGAAGCCUACUCUUUUUAUAGGGAAUAUGCUCGUUCCGUGGGAUUUGGUAUCACGAUUAAGGCCAGUAGGCGCUCGAAGAAGUCUGGAAAGUUUAUUGAUAUAAAAAUUGCGUGUUCUAGAUUUGGAAGUAAGCGUGAGUCUGGCACGGCUGUGAAUCCAAGACCGUGUAUAAAAACGGACUGCAAGGCAGGAAUGCAUAUGAAGAGGAAAGAUGAUGGGAAAUGGGUCAUACAUAGUUUUGUAAAGGAGCAUAAUCACAAUAUUUAUCCGGAUGAUUUUUUAUAUGCUAUGUGCAGGAAGAAAAAAGAUCCUACUAAGGUUGCUUGUGAGAAGAAAGGUUUGCAGGUGGCUUUAGAUGAUGGAGAUAUACAACUAAUGCUUGAAUUUUUCAUGCAUAUGCAGGAGGAGAAUCAUAACUUCUUCUACUCCAUAGAUUUGGACCACAAAAAAGGCCUAAAAAAUGUAUUAUGGGUUGAUGCAAAAGGUAGGCAUGAGUAUAUCAAUUUUUGCGAUGUAGUUUUCUUCGAUACCUUUUAUCUUACAAAAAAGUAUAAGAUACCGUUUCUCCCUAUAGCUGGAGUUAAUCACCAUUUCCAGUAUAUUUUGCUUGGAUGUGCAUUGAUUGGGGAAGAGACUACGUCUACUUUUGUUUGGUUGAUGCGGACAUGGCUUAAAGCAGUAGGUGGCCAAGCUCCGAGAGUGAUUAUUACCGAUCAAGAGAAAGCCUUGAAAGAAGCGGUAGUGGAUGUAUUUCCUGAUGCACGCCACUGUUUUUGCUUAUGGCAUGUCUUGAGAAGGAUACCGGAGAAUUUGGGUUGUGCAGUAGUGGAGAAACAAAAUUUUAUGGAAAAAUUCAACAAGAGCAUUCGUCGAUCUUGGACUGAUGAACAAUUCGAAAGGAGAUGGCAGAAGCUGGUUGAUGGAUUUGACCUAAAAGAGGAUGAAGGGGUGCAAUCAUUAUAUGAAGAUCGUAAAAGUUGGGCACCAGCUUACAUGGAGGAUGUGUUUUUAGCUGGAAUGUCCACGACUGAGCGAGCUGAGAGCAUAACUGCAUUCUUGGAUAGGUACAUUUGUCCAGAGACCACAUUUAAGGAGUUUGUUGAGCUGCAUCGGAAAAUUUUGGAAGACUUGUAUAACAUGGAAGCAAAUGCCGACUUUGAAUCACGUCACCAGCAACAAGGAUUAAGAUCUUUGUUGAGUUUUGAGAAACAAAUGUCACCGGUUUAUACAGAAGUAAUAUUUAAGCAAUUUCAGGUCGAGGUUUCAGGUGUAGUUUCUUGUCAUCUGCAAAAAGAUAGUGAAAAUGAAGCAACUGUAGUCUUUCGGGUUGAUGAUUCUAAAGAACACCAAAGCUUCGUCGUAGCUUGGAAUGCAGAAGAGUUGCAAAUACGCUGUUUAUGUCGUUCUUUUGAAUAUAGGGGAUUUCUUUGUAGACAUGCAUUACUUGUCUUUCAAAUGUCUGGUGUUUCUUGCAUCCCAUCCCACUACAUUUUGAAGCGAUGGACGAAAGAUGCAAAGGUUGGGCAGACUGUUACCGACAUACCGCAGAGGCAUAACUUUAGGUUGCAACGCUUCCAUGACCUGUGUAAAUUUGCCACUAAGUUGGGUGAGGCGGGGUCUUUAUCUCUAGAAACUUAUCACACCGCUUUUCGGACAUUAGAGGAGGCAUUAAAAAAUUGUGUUGAUGUUAACAACUCUGUGCGGGAUAUUUUGGGAUCCAACAUUUCAACUGUUGAUGGUCAUAUUGAUGUCGAACAUAAUCACGGGGCCAUCAAGGCAUCUAAGAAAAAGAAAACAUACAAGAAAAGAAAGGUACAAUCUGAGCUGGAGGGAGUAACCAUGCGGAUACAGGACAGUGUCCCUCAGAUGAACACCAGAGCAGAUGACCUUGACAGUGGUUACAUCCCUCAACAGGACAUGCAAAGAGGGGAACUUGAUUCUAGAGCUCAAGCCCUUGAUGGCUAUUAUAUUGCUCCGCAUGGUAUCCAAGGAGUGUUAAACUCAAUUUCCCCUAUCCGUGGUAGUUACUAUACACAGGGCAUGCAGCUGCAUUCUGUGCCAACGCGGGUUGUUCACUAUGGGAACCAACAGAAUAUGCAAGGACUGUUGCAAGGACAUGUUGGUUUCAAGGUGCCAACCGCGCAUGGCUGUUUUGACCUUGAGGGCAAUCUGCAAAAUAUGGAACAAUCUGUGGCUUCCUCACAGUAUCACAGCAUUGCAUCAAAGCAUUUGCAGGUUAAGCACCUUUCCAGGUAGUUGGAUCACAUAUCCUUUCAAAAUAGAUGACCCAGAAGAGGAGAUUUUAAAAACAUCCUCAAACAAAAUGGGGUUUGAAAUGUUUUUCCUCUCCUCCAAAAGUCCCCUUUCCAUAUUUUGACUGUAAAAAGCGUCAUGUAUAUUUCGUGUCAUGUGUUCAGUAGAUUUUCCAGUGAGAUGAAGUUAUUGCCAAUUUCUUCCUUUUCUUCAUUCGUCUUUUUUCUUCUGGUCUUCCUUAUAUACAAACUUUAAUUUAUACAAAGAGGAAAAGGGAAGAAAACAUCAUGUCUCCUGCUAUAGAUUUACCUGUAGUAGAAAGGACAAACACUCGUAUGUUUCUUUUCAUCCUUUGAAAAGCAUUGCCCUUUUCCAAGAACCUGUUUAUAAAUAUGGCAAUAUGCCUUGUGUACAUUUUGUGCAACCAU